GGCACAUCAUCUUCUGCCAUGGUAAAAGAUCUGGCGGUGGCAGUGUUUGGGAGAGACACGUUGGCCACACAUGGGCUGUCUGGAAGAGCUGGCAAUGCUAACAAAGACGCUAUAGCAAAGCCAGCUCUUGACCAGGACAAAGUUGUGCAGAUCCUAGACACAGUACAGAAAAAAUUUCCGGAUGUUCCAAAAAAGUUCAUCAGGGCAGCACUAAGAGAGAAGUUGAAUGAUGAGCACAAGUUACGAGUAAGGAAAACAGUGUAGAGGCUUCAUUUGACUGAUAGAGCAACAUUUGGCUGCAUGCAUGUGAAUUGGACUCCGCUUCUCUCUGCUCUGC